CAUAAACAUACACACGUGUGUUGUAAAAGGUCACUACAUUGAACCGGAAGGGAAUUCCCCAUCAUGAAUGACGUCAGUGACAGUGCAUUGUGGGAAACUUACGUGGCAUUUACUUCGUUUGUCAAAACAGCACGUUUACAUCAACGUCAAAUUAACACUGCUGGAACGCCAAAAUGGCGACAUAUCAAGAGUUCAUACAGCAGAAUGAAGACAGGGAUGGAGUGCGCUUCAGCUGGAAUGUUUGGCCAUCUAGCAGGCUGGAGGCCACAAGAAUGGUAGCUCCCUUGGGAUGUCUCUAUACACCCAUCAAGGAGCGAGCAGAGCUCCCUCCUGUUUUGUACGACCCAGUACUCUGUACCAGACCCACAUGCCGGGCAGUUCUCAAUCCUUUCUGUCAAGUGGAUUACAGAGCUAAAAUAUGGGCUUGUAACUUUUGUUACCAGAGGAACCCUUUUCCACCCCAGUAUGCUGCUAUCUCUGAACAACAUCAGCCAGCUGAGAUUAUACCUCAGUUUUCAUCGAUAGAAUACACUAUCACAAGGGCGACAUGCCACCCACCAGUCUAUCUGAUUGUACUAGACACAUGCAUGGACGAAGAAGACCUUCAGGCAGUCAAGGAAUCCCUUCAAAUGUCUCUGAGUUUGCUGCCCCCUAAUGCACUGAUUGGUCUAAUCACGUUUGGGAAAAUGGUCCAGGUUCAUGAGUUAGGCUGUGAAGGAUGUUCUAAAAGCUACGUGUUCAGAGGAACAAAAGACCUUUCUGCAAAACAGAUACAGGAAAUGCUGGGUAUAGGUAAAGGACAUGCACCACAGCAGCCAAAGGGUCCACAAAAUCCACAGCAGCAGCAGCAACAACUGCCUUCAAAUAGAUUUCUACAACCAGUACACAAAUGUGACAUGAGUUUGACAGACCUGCUUGGAGAAUUACAGAGGGACCCUUGGCCAGUAGCUCAAGGGAAACGUCCUCUCCGAUCAACAGGAGUCGCCCUGUCCAUAGCUGUUGGCUUACUGGAGUGUACAUUCCCAAACACGGGAGCAAGAAUCAUGCUGUUUUUAGGGGGUCCCUGUACCCAGGGGCCAGGAAUGGUGGUUGGGGAUGAGCUCAAGUUCCCCAUUAGGUCUCACCACGUUAUUGAGAAGGACAACUGCAAGUACAUGAAGAAGGCAAUGAAGCACUACGAAGCACUGGCCAACAGGGCGGCUAACAAUGGCCAUGUGAUAGAUAUAUUCUCCUGCGCCUUGGACCAGACAGGGUUGUACGAAAUCAAGUUCUGUCCCCGAUAUACAUGUGGUCAUAUGGUGAUGGGAGAUUCUUUCAACACGUCCCUCUUCAAACAAACCUUCCAACGAGUGUUUUCUAAAGAUGGCCAAGGAGAGUUCAAAAUGGCAUUUGGUGCAACAGUGGAGGUUAAGACUUCAAGGGAGCUCAAGGUGUCGGGUGCAAUUGGUCCAUGUGUAUCUUUGGGUGUGAAAGGUCCAGCAGUGUCGGAUACUGAGCUGGGUCUGGGUGGUACAUGUCAGUGGAAGUUGUGUGGACUUUACCCCAGCUCCACUCUGGCCUUCUUCUUUGAGGUCGUCAACCAGCACAAUGCCCCUAUACCACAGGGCGGACGAGGCUACAUACAGUUUAUCACACAGUACCAACACUCAAGUGGUCAGCGCAGGGUCAGAGUGACCACUCUGGCUAGGAAUUGGGCCGACGCCAGUACAAACAUCCAGCACAUAUCUGCCGGGUUUGACCAGGAGGCUGCAGCAGUCCUGAUGGCCAGGAUAGCCGUGUUCCGGGCGGAAACUGAUGAUGGUCCAGAUGUUUUAAGAUGGCUGGACAGAAUGCUUAUUAGGCUGUGUCAGAAGUUUGGUGAUUACCACAAAGACGAUCCCAAUUCCUUCCGGUUCUCCGAAAACUUUUCUCUGUACCCCCAAUUUAUGUUCCAUUUACGAAGAUCACAAUUUUUACAAGUAUUCAACAACAGUCCAGAUGAAACAUCCUAUUAUAGACACAUGUUGAAUACAGAAGACUUGACGCAAUCUCUGAUCAUGAUACAGCCUAUCCUAUAUGCUUACUCCUUCAAUGGAACUCCUGAGCCAGUACUACUAGACACAAGUAGUAUACAGACCGACAGAAUACUACUGAUGGACACAUUCUUCCACAUAGUUAUAUAUCAUGGAGAGACAAUAGCACUAUGGCGGGAACAGAAGUACCAGGAUCAACCCGAGUAUGAAAACUUCAAACAACUACUACAAGCUCCCGUAGACGAUGCUCAGGAAAUCCUGCAGACGCGGUUCCCAAUGCCUCGAUAUAUCGACACUAAACACGAAGGCUCUCAGUCUCGUUUCCUGCUGUCUCGAGUGAAUCCAUCUCAAACACACAAUAAUGCCUUUGGAUGGGGACAGGUGGCCACAUCGAUCAUUAGCACUGGUGGGCCUACCUCCGAGGAUGGAAGUGGAGCAGCCGUUCUGACAGACGAUGUCAGUUUACAAGUAUUCAUGGAACAUCUCAAGAAACUAGCAGUUUCGAGCUCCUCCUGAUCAGGGGUAGCCACAAACUAGGACAAAAGACUUUGUUUUAAAUUAACCAGUGUGUGAAAAAAACCCACAAACCAUUGUAUGAACACAAGGAAUUUGUGCCUACCAGAACACAUUCUCUUUACUUGAGGAACAAGCUCAUCAGGGUAUCGGGGAAAUAUUGAAACCACGAGUGUCAGUAGAACCAAGUGUGAUGAGGAACAAGCUCAUCAGGGCAUUGGGGAAAUAUUGAAACCACGAGUGUCAGUAGAACCAAGUGUGAUGAGGAACAAGCUCAUCAGGGCAUCGGGGAAAUAUUGAAACCACAAGUGUCAGUAGAACCAAGUGUGAUGAGGAACAAGCUCAUCAGGGCAUCGGGGAAAUAUUGAAACCACAAGUGUCGGUAAAACCAAGUGUGAUACUUUGUGUUGGUACUGACAGUAUCUUUUUAUCCUGUUUUCGCAAUCACCAAAGUUUACCUGUAAUUGUCAUGCAUGCAAUUUAUUCCAUAUAAGUACUCUGUAUAAGUGAUAGUUAUUAGUGUAAGGUCUUCAGGUAUGCCGGUGGUAUUAUCACUGAAUAUUCGGUAGCCCUGGCCCGGUGUGUUAGCGGUCUGUGAUUGGACAAGUCAUUAUAUAUUACCCAUCCGAAAUGGGGUAAACUAAUUAACAAAAGUUCAUAUUCCUCAUUUGAAGUAACAUACAUGUUCAUUUAAAUGAACUCCAUGGAAUUUAUAAAAAUAAUGUGGUGAUGCUGUUAUUCAUGUGUAAUUUGUUGUAGAUGUUAAUGAUCCCAGCAGGUCCUUGCUAUAGGCCAGUGAUGUCUGUUUCAAGCAAAAAUUCACAAACGGGAUCCAGUUCUCUGGUGAAUUUAAAGUAUAUAUUAAAUUGUUUCUUACAAAAGAAAUUUACAGUGUAAUAGCUGGUCAGUGGUUGUAUAUGUUGUAUAAAUGAAGUGUGACUGUUGUAUACAACGUGAGUGAGGUAUGUUUGAGAAGCCUAGUUUAGCAAUGUGCUCAGCAUUACUUUUAAACCAAAAUAUUAGGUUUACGAUGUUGAAUCAAAUUUGAUUGUUCAGCUAUCCAUGCCUGAAGAUAAUUGAUUACAGCUUCAAAUUUAGUAAACAAAUUAUCAUUGGUGCAGAUUUGUAUUUUAAAGGAAAUCUCAAGUGUUGAAAGUAUUUAACAUGUUUCUGAAUGAUUUUAAUGAAUUUUGAAUUUCAAAUUCUAUGUAUAUCUAGUGUAAAUGAGAAAAAUCUGUAGACACUUAAAAUAGUUAAAAAUGAUUUUGAAUUUAAAUUUAGAAAUUAAAAGAAAAAAUAUCAAAUUCAAUUUUAUUUGAUAAUUAAUUAAGGUGCCAGAUGUGUUUUCAUUUUAUAGUGAUUCUCAUGAUCAUCUGUAAUGUGAAAACCGAUUGAUAAAUUUAUCUUGGCAGAACAUGAAAAUAUCAAAAUGUAUAAAUGUUGCUUUAACUUUUUUUUUUCAAUGGUGCAAAUUCUGAAUAGACAAUGUGAUUGAACCCCAAAUACGAAAAGGCGAAAUAAUUGUAUGUUAAUCAGUAAAUACUGAUAUUGCAGUUAUAACAGCUAGCUGUGGGGUGACACACAACAUACUCAAUAUUAACGAAGGAUGCAUAUUGUGCUUGUUUUAUUUUUUGUUGACUAAUUUUAGCAUUUGUUUUCAUGUUUUGUUGACAAAAUAUUAUCAUAAAUAUCUAGUAUUUUUACUAUAAAUUAUGACUGUCAACUGUGGAUGUAUUUAUUACUUGAAAAGAAAUGAAUGAAUGAAAUUUUCAAAAAAUGAAA